CCAAACAGUUCGUUCUACCCACCUACCCCUACGUCGAGCAUACAAGAUGCCUAUUCCUGACGCUCAGAUUCAUCCAGAAGCCACAGGCGCAGCUGCCAAGACGGUCGCAGCUCACAAGGACAAGAACAAUGCCGCCUUGACCUUCUACUCGGGCUGGUUCUGCCCUUACGUCCAACGUGUCUGGCUUGCCCUCGAAGAGAAGGGGAUUCCGUACUACUACGAGGAGAUCAACCCGUAUCACAAAGACGAAUACCUGAAGAUCAAUCCCAAGGGUCUCGUUCCGGCCAUCCGAUCCGACGGGGUCAACAUUUACGAAUCCCACAUCCUCAAUGAGUUCCUCGAGGAUAAAUUCCCCCAGAGUAAGAGGCUCCUGCCAGAGCGUGCUGAGCAGAAGGCUGUAGCGAGGAUUCAGAUGGACCUGGUGACGAAGAAGAUCAUUCCGGCCUACUUCCGCUGCGUACAGAGUCAGGACGUAGAGGGACAAAAGGCGGCGAGAAAGGAAAUGUACGAUGCCUGCCGAGAAUUUGGCACCUUCAUCGAUUCUAGCAAGGGGCCCUUCGUGGGAGGGAAGGAGCUGGACGGAGUCGAUAUUGCUCUAGCGCCGUGGGCUGUGAGACAGUGGGUCCUCGACGAGCAUCGCGGCGGGCCUGCGACAGAGGCAGAGUGUGGGCAAGCAUACGUCAAAUGGGCCAAAGCUGUCCAAUCGCACCCCACAGUGCUCAAGACGACCUCAGACAGGGAGCACUACGUCCCGAUUUACCAGCGCUACCUGAAGGACGAGGCACAAAGUGAAGCUGCAAAGGCGACGAGGGCGGGAAAGGUCAUCCCUUGAUGCGCGAAAAAAGAUUGUGUGGAGACGUCAAAAUGCUUCAUAUGACAAAGGACACCAGGGACGUUCUACGUUUGUAUCAAUACAAUGUAUGCGAUGUUGCUUGCAAUUGCGCUUGCUGUAUCCAAAGCCACUCAUUUGCGCAGACUUCUGCUUUUGGAACCUGUUGCGCUACCCGCUUUUGCGCCGUUUACUGCUUUGCCGGCUCUUCUCAAUCCAGAGACAGGCGGUUUG